GGUUUUUCUUUCUUUUUUUAUAUUUUGAAGCGAUGAGGAUGAUUGAGAAACGUGAGGUUAUAUUUCUUGUCUCCUUCCCUCUUCCCUCUUCAUCAGGCAACUCAAUGACGACCUUCUCCGCCGUCCUUCUCUCCUCUCCGGUCAUCUGACCUUUCGCCGGAACUCCUCUCACCCCCUCACCUUUCCUAAUUCUAAUGCUUCCUACUUCCAAUUCUCCACACUUUCCCAUCCUUUUACCAAUACCCAUGACCACCUCCCCUUUUUAGGUUUCACCCUCUUUUUAUUUCUGGCUUUUCUUCUACCUCACCUAUUUUUCCAUAAUGAGUGGUACUGCUGGAUUUACCAGCUUGGAGAGGGAGUGUAUUAGGAGGCAUCACAGGCAUGACCCUGCUGACAAUCAGUGCAGCUCCGUGCUAAUCAAGCACAUCAAAGCUCCUGUUCCUCUUGUUUGGUCUUUGGUGAGAAGAUUUGAUCAACCCCAAAAAUACAAGCCAUUUAUAAGCAGGUGUGUAGUGCAGGGGAAUCUUGAGAUUGGAAGUCUUAGAGAAGUUGAUGUCAAGUCUGGGCUCCCAGCCACCACAAGCACCGAAAGGUUGGAACUUCUUGAUGAUGAUAAACAUAUCCUUAGCAUCAGGAUAGUUGGUGGUGAUCACAGGCUUAGGAACUACUCUUCAAUUAUCUCCCUUCAUUCAGAAAUCAUAGAAGGAAGGCCUGGGACUCUCGUUGUUGAGUCAUUCGUGGUGGACACUCCUGAAGGAAACACAAAGGAUGAGACUUGCUUCGUUGUAGAGACAUUGAUCAAAUGCAAUCUCAAAUCUCUAGCUGAUGUCUCAGAAGGGCUUGCCAUUCAGGAUUGGACCGAGCCUAUAGUCUAAGAGAAAUCCUUAAAGAUUGUCUGGAUGGAAAAGGGUGGGGAUGAGACUUGCUGUGAUAUUACACACCAAGGCAUAUUGGAUCUACAUUGUUAUGGAGCCAGACUGGAAGUAAUACUACUCUCUCAAUACACAUUUCACACUUACUCCCUUUGCUGGUUAAUUGUGUUUAAAUUAUAGGCUGCUGUCUUCCAUGGUUGAAGUACCCGUCUUUACAAAGGAAUUCAACACCCAUUCAAGAAUAAGAAGUAUAGAAGUACCCCUUGCUUCGUUUCCAGGAUUUUGGCUAGGUAGUGUAGGAUUUAUGGUUGUACGCACAAUGAGACAUUUAUGAGUUUACUGGUUAAUUAUUUUGGUUGCUAGUUUCGGAUAGUGAAACUAGGUCUUGAUUUAAGUAUUGUCCGUCUAUUGUUGGAUAUUUUACUUAUCACGUAAUGUUGGUUGGAGUUAUAUAACCAUGCUUGUAACUAUCUGGAAAUCAGGGCCACAUAAACAUAAAAAAAAUAUUUGACAUUUCUUUGAUUUGA